AUGACCUCGUCGCGUGCGUCUCGUUUGUUCAGCGCAUCGGCCGCGAUCAGAGGCGCUGGAGCGCCUCUGGACGCUACCAAGCUCAAGGUUCAGAACCAUAGUACACCUUCGCAACCUCGUGCCAAUGACGAACUUGUGUUCGGUAAAACGUUCACAGAUCACAUGCUAACCAUCGAGUGGACCAAGCAGAACGGAUGGGGCACACCCGAAAUCAAGCCCUACGGUAACUUGUCGCUGGACCCGGCUGCGUGCGUGUUCCACUAUGCAUUUGAGCUAUUCGAGGGCCUCAAGGCGUACAGAUCCCGUGAUGACAAGAUCACCAUGUUCCGUCCAGACAAGAACAUGGAACGUAUGAACAAAAGUGCGGCCCGUAUCUGUCUGCCCACGUUCGACUCCGACGAGCUCAUUGCUCUCAUGGGCAAGCUCAUCGAACAAGACAAGCAUCUCGUGCCACAGGGCGAGGGUUACUCGCUAUACGUGAGACCCACUAUGAUCGGCACCACUGCGGCGCUAGGUGUCGGAACUCCAGACCGCGCCCUGCUGUACGUGAUCACGUCUCCAGUGGGUCCUUACUUCAAGAGUGGAUUCAAGGCCGUCAAAUUGCUUGCCACCGACAACGCUACGAGAGCUUGGCCCGGUGGUGUUGGUGACAAGAAACUAGGUGCCAACUACGCACCUUGCAUCUUGCCCCAACUCAAGGCCGCCGAAAAAGGUUACCAGCAGAACCUGUGGUUGUUCGGCCCAGAAAAGUAUAUCACCGAGGUCGGUACCAUGAACGUGUUCUUCGUGCUCAAGGACAAUGCCACGGGCAAGAAAGAGCUUGUCACUGCGCCUUUGGAUGGUACCAUCCUUGAGGGUGUUACCAGAGACUCCAUUUUGACGCUUGCGCGCGAAAACUUGGACCCUAAAGAAUGGGAAGUCAACGAACGUUACCUCAGCAUCAACGAGGUCGCCGAGCGUGCCAGAAAAGGAGAACUUGUCGAAGCCUUCGGUGCUGGUACCGCGGCCGUUGUCUCGCCAAUUAAAGAAAUCGGUUGGCAAGACGAGAACAUCGACGUCCCUUUGCAACCGGGCAAACAAGCCGGUAAACUCACCGAACAAAUCGCCAACUGGAUCGCCGACAUUCAAUACGGCAGACAGCCCCACGGCAACUGGUCCCGUGUUGUGGCUAACCUAAAAUAA